AUGUUAACGGCCAUAUUGAUUCUGGUCAUAGCUUCUGUAAGCGUCCAAUCACAAAGUCAGUUUCUACCUGAACUUCAAUUAGGUAGAACAAUAUGCCAGUCGUUUAAACAAACUCUAAUUAACCCUGAAUCAUAUAUAAAGAAUCUGCCAACGGUGCCAACUAGGUAUGAAGGAGCUAUCAAAAUAACCAACACAGCUCUGCCAACUGCACCUGCACCGAAAAUGCCAGUCAAACCGUUUGUUACCGAAUUGCCAAACUGCCCGGACCUAUGUUUUAAUGACAUAUUGACAUCACCAUUGGGAUGCUUAGAUCCCAUUUUAAAUGUUUAUAGUGCAGCACCUAUAAUCGAGACGCCAGGUUCGCCGCCAUUAACAUCGAUCGACGUAGGUGCUGCGCCGGCCCGUAGCGCUGUCAAGUCGGACGCGAAGUCCUCGUAUGUGGUAGCAGACAGCGGCUUGUCUUCAAUGGACUUGGAACAGAAGGAGAAUGAGCCUGAAAGAAAACUAAAACUGGACACAGCGGCACAACAGAGAUAUCCAAAUAAUUUAUCAACACAGACAAAAAAAAAUCAAAAUCAGUAUAUUAUACCUAGAAAAUAUAGCAUAUUUUCGCCGAUCACUCAAAUACCUCGGCCGGCCGGCAGAUAUGCUAAAAGCACUAAAAAGUCACCAAGACUCACAAAACGACAAUAUCUGGCUGAGAUGUUCAGACAAACAGCAGUGAAAAAUUUAGUGGAUAUAUCAAAUGCAAUGAAAAGACCUGUAAAUAUUCCCAUG